AUGGCGCCGCAGGGAGUUGAGUUCCCCAUCGAAGGGGGUUGUGACUGUGGAGAAGUGCGGUACUCUAUGAUGACCGAGCCGAUGAUUGUUCACUGUUGUCACUGCCGAUGGUGUCAGAGGGAGACUGGAGCUUCCUUUGCGCUCAACGCCAUGAUUGAAACUGAGAGGCUGAAACUUCUGAAAAAUGAACCGGAAUACAUCACCGUGCCGAGCGAAAGUGGCGCCGGGCAAAGCAUCGCACGCUGUCCAAGAUGCAAGGUUGCUGUUUGGAGUGUUUACCUCGAUAACCCAGCCAAUGUAAAGGCACACAUUCGCAUUGUUCGGGUGGGGACCCUGGACAAUCCAGACCUACUCCCUCCGAAUGCCCACAUCUGGGCUUCUGAGAAGCAACCUUGGAUCAUCCUCUCGGACAAGGUCCCCGUAUACGAACGCAUGGAUUAUAACGAGGAAGACGUGUGGUCCAAGGAAAGUCUCGAAAGGUAUCGGGCCAUCGAGGCACACGACGACACUGCCCAAUAG